GAUGCUGCAUCAAAGCCUCCGAGAGAGCCAACCCUGCCAGUCUCCUUCCUCUGCGCCACGACACCACGCAAGAUGAGACUCUCUGUGGUUGCCCUCGCCGUCUGCCUGCUGGUGGCUUCCUUCUCCCUGGCUCUCGCUGCCCCAUAUGGUCUCGACACCUCGCCCUGCUGCCCCGGGCACACGAAGGCCAAGAUUCCAAGGCAUCUCGUGAAGAGCCAUUUCUACACCAGCUCCAAAUGUCCCCUGGCAUCCGUUGUGUUUAUAUUCAAGAAAGGCAGGCAAGCCUGCGCUGAUCCGAAAGCCGAGUGGGUCCAGACCCUCGUGAAGUCCCUCUCCACAGAAUGAGCUGCCAACCCUCUUCCGUCUCUCCGCUACCAGCAGCCCAGAGGGAGCCUCCAGACCUCAGCCAGACCACCACGGAUCAGCUGCAGCCACCCUCUCAUGCCCACCAGCCCCCAAUUCCUGGGACCCGUGGGGCUGAAGAAACCAACCACAACCUAGCAUGAGGCCAUCUGAAGCAACCAGGCAGGGCUGGAGGAUGGGAUCUCUCCAGGCAAGAGUCGGAGAAGUCAUUCCGACUCC